ACCGGCCCAUGCGAGCGCGACCCGCGCCGGCGCUUUAUUUUUAACCCCUUACGUCGGUGCCGCCUCGUCUAUUUCGGUUGGCGGCCCGCGGUCCGUCGGCAGGGAUCGGAGGCUUCCUCCGCCAUAUCAGCGCAGUUGCAGCCUUUCCCCGCAAAUUUGAAUAUUGCAUCGCUUUCCACGGCCUCGCGUGCAUCCAACGGGCAGCGAAGAACCCGAACUGUGUCCCCCUGGCCGAUCGCGCUUCUGUUGCUCCUGCUGCUGCAGCAAGAUCUCUCGCCGUCUGAACCGUCGUUCCAAGGCCUCGGGGGAGUGCUCCUGGAGUUCGGGCCCCGCUCGCUGGAUACUCGGGCGACUCCGGUGUGAACGCGCUGCUGGUCGGGUGGUGGCCGUGGGUGGUUCGGUUAGGCCUAGUGGAGAUGCACCUCAUCGGACGCGUGAACCGGCCGGCGGCCAGCUUCCAGGGGUCGGGACGUGCACGGAUGCAUGGCGGGGCCUAGCCAGGAAGCCGCCCAAAAAGCGAGCGGCGUGGCAGCAGCGAUGCAGCAGGGGGGCAGCAGUCGAGCGACGGCCGGAAGACUGGCCAACGUUCCCCGGAAGCUGUGGAGGUCACGGGCCAAAUCCCAGUCCAGGGUCUCUGCGCUCAGCGUCUGCACCUGGUCGCCCGAGGGCAGCUGCCGGUGGCGAUGCCGGACCGGCGGCCGCCUCACGCUGCGUCCCACGAGCCUGGUGGCCCUCACCGAGGCCGAGGCGGCGGGACUGCGGCCGCUGGCCAUCAGCCGGCUUCAGGGCCUGGGCCUCGGCUGCAAGGUGGACACGCCGCGAGAGGACAGCUCCGAGACUUCAGCCAAGGUGCGCCGGCGGCCGGCCCUCCUGCGCAAAAAGGCCAUCACCACGAGCUUCUUCGAGAGCCGCAAAGAAAGCGACAUUCCAUCGGGGCAGGUGUUCGGGGUGCCGCUGCAGCAGGUCCUGCAGAGCGACCAGCAGCGCUUCCCCGACGCCACCCUGGCUGACCCGGACUGGGCGGCGCCCGACUGGGGCUCGGACGCCGCGGCCGCGGCCGCCGACGCCUUGUCCAGGCGCUCGGACGACGCCAGCGAGAGCUCCGUCUCGUCCCUCGUCGACCUGGCUUCGCCGGACCUUAGGAAGGAUUCCGUGGACUCCCUUCGGCAUCGGGGAUCGGCCACGGACGCGGGCGAGGAAGACGGCGUCGCCCUCAGAGGUCCCCAGGUGCCGAGGGUGGUCAACUGCUGCCUGCGCUACCUCGAGGACUUCGGUCUCAACACCGUCGGCAUAUUCAGGGUCAGCAGUUCCAAACGAAGAGUGAGACAGCUCCGCGAGGAGUUCGACAGCGGCCGCGAGGUGCACCUGGACCAGGAGCGCCAGCAGCCCCACGACGUGGCUCAGCUGCUCAAGGAGUACCUCCGGGACCUGCCGCAGCCGUUGCUUACCAGGGACCUCUACGUGCCCUUCCUCUACACCCAGCGCGUGCCCGACCGGAGCAAGCAGCUGGAGCUGCUGCGGCAACUGGUACGGCUGCUGCCCACCUACAGCCGGGAUACCCUGUGGGCUUUGCUCCGGUUCCUCCGGAAGGUGGCCGACACCGCCGUGGACAGAAAGUCUCCCGCGGGACAGUCGCUGCCCGGGAACAAGAUGGACGCGCACAACCUGGCCACCAUGCUGGGUCCCAACAUCCUCCGGCUGAGCAAGACCGAGAAGGACAAAUUCAUUGUGGAGAACCUCGAGCGGGCAGAAGAGCGCUGUGAUGUCAUUCUGGUCGUGCGACAACUCAUCGAGAACUACGAACACAUCUUUCAGGUUCCCGCCGAAGACCUGGACAGCCUGUACAGAAGACUUUUAAUCGAGCGGCCGGAAGACCUGGAAAUCCUACUGCGACGGCACUACUACAACUCGCCAGGAUCUCAAGACGACGAUGACAGCAACGACCAGGUGUUUGAUGACGACGGCAACGCGGAGGAUCCCGAGGCCGAUCUGCGGGCCGUUCUGAUGCGGCCUCCCGUGCAUAGGAGCCGCGAGCGCAAGACCCAGGAAGGCGCGCUGCCCUUCAUCCUCAUCACCCCAGAAGCGAGGGCGGCCCGCGCCCUGGCAUCGUCCACGCCGGCCAAAGAGGACGACAAGGACGUGACCGUAUCGUUCACGAUGAAGAUGCCCUCGUCGCCGGACGUGCCCGCCUACCUGGAAAGCGACGACGUCACGCGCUCGGCGACACGGCCUCUGCAGAAGACGUCGCCGCCGGCGGAGCAGCAAGAGGUGACCAUCACCAUCGAGAUACCGCCGCGCAAGAAGGUGCCCUCGUCGUCCAGGAGGUUCUUGACCAGCAAAGAGAAGGAGGACAAGGCCUACAAGAUCAACAAGAGCAAGUCGACGUCUUCGAUACUUAACUUCUUUGGCGGGUCCUCGGAUUCCAGGAGGGACUCUGGGGACGGUGCUGAAGAGGGACGGCACGGCGGUGCGGGGACCACGGGGUCCGCCACGGGGCCGCGCAGGAACAGUCGGGAGGUCAGGUUCCAGACGGAGAAGUGGCGUCGCUGCGAGAUCAUCUCGUCCGAGCACACGGACAAGCGUCACAAAUGACGCGCAUGUUCGCGUCAUCGUGUGCUCCUCAUUCUCUCUUUGUCGUCUGACACCGAAAGCUGAAGCGUGUGCCAUAGACUUGUGAACUGUGCCCAUUGGUUUCUCACCUCGGAGCCUGGGCUAUGGAGUGCGACCAGUUCCUUUGUUUCAUAACGAUGUAUGAAGCUCAUUUCAGAAUAUACUCAUAUUAUAUGUAAAUAUCACA